UGCCCAAUGACGGCGCAGGAUGCUGAGAGUGGUGUGAAUGGAGGCUGAAAGACGCUGCUGUCUGUGAACGGUGAUGGAGAGGAAUUAACGGUAGAAAAAGACCCGUGGACACAGAGGCCCUCCCCCACAGGCCUGCAGUGAGCUGCCCAUGUGUUACACAGAGAGAGGUUGCCCCGCGUUCCUCUGGUAAGGACCCCGCAGCGUGCGCCUGGCCGACCCCGGCCGAGCCUCCCAACAACCAGGCCAGGACAUGUACGGCAGCGCCCGGGCGGUCGGCCACGUCGAGAGCAGCCCUGCACGGUCCCCGCGCCUGCCCAGGUCCCCCAGGCUGGGCCACCGGAGGGCCAACAGCGGGGGCGGGGGCAGUGGAGGGGGCAAGACGCUCUCCAUGGAGAACAUCCAGUCGCUGAACGCCGCCUACGCCACGUCCGGGCCCAUGUACCUGAGCGACCACGAGGGGGUGGGCUCCACCGCCACCUAUCCCAAGGGCACCAUGACGCUGGGGCGCGCCUCCAACCGGGCCGUGUACGGGGGCCGCGUCACGGCCAUGGGCAGCAGCCCCAACAUCGCCUCGGUGGGGCUGGGCCACCACGCCGACCUGCUCUCCUACAGCGACCUGGGCUCCCUGUCCAUGCUGCAGCACCACCACCACCACCAGGGGGUGCCGUCGGCCCUGCUGCGGCAGGCGGUGCGCGGCAGCGGCGGCGAGCUCCUGGAGAUGCAGGCGCAGCUGCGGGAAAUGCAGCGGGAGAACGACCUGCUGAGGAGGGAGCUGGACCUGAAGGACAGCAAGCUGGGCUCGUCCACCAACAGCAUUAAGAGCUUCUGGAGCCCCGAGCUGAAGAAGGAGAGGAUGAUACGCAAGGAGGAGGCGGCGCGCACCUCCGUCCUCAAAGAGCAGAUGAGGGUGACUCACGAGGAGAACCAGCACCUGCAGCUGACCAUCCAGGCCUUGCAGGACGAGCUGCGGACCCAGAGGGACCUGAACCACCUGCUACAGCAGGAGAACGGCGGACGCUCUGGGGAACACUACACCAACAUCGAGCUGACCGAGGAAAACUUCAGACGGCUGCAGGCCGAGCAUGACCGCCAGGCCAAAGAGCUGUUCCUCCUAAGGAAGACCCUGGAGGAGAUGGAGCUGCGGAUCGAGACCCAGAAGCAGACCUUGGGCGCCAGGGACGAGUCCAUCAAGAAGCUGCUUGAGAUGCUCCAGAGCAAAGGUCUGCCCGGGGGUCCGGGGAGGGUCAACGAGGAGGAGGAGCAGGAGAGGGCCAGGCGCAUCGCUGAGGCAGAGGCACAGCUGGGACACUUGGAGGUCAUCCUGGACCAGAAGGAGAAGGAGAACAUCCACCUCCGAGAGGAACUGCACAGAAGAAACCAGAUGCACCAGGACCCUGGCAAAACCAAAGCCCUGCAAACGAUCAUUGAGAUGAAGGACACCAAGAUAGCGUCCCUGGAGCGCAACAUCAGGGACCUGGAGGAUGAGAUCCAGAUGCUGAAGGCUAAUGGCUUGCUGAACACGGAGGACAGAGAGGAGGAGAUCAAACAGAUGGAGGUCUACAAGAACCACUCCAAGUUUAUGAAGACCAAGAUUGACCAGCUGAAACAGGAGCUAUCUAAAAAGGAAUCUGAGCUGCUGGCUCUGCAGACGAAGCUGGAGACGCUGAACAACCAGAACUCAGACUGCAAACAGCACAUAGAGGUGCUCAAAGAGUCCCUCACUGCCAAGGAGCAGCGUGCAGCUAUCCUGCAGACAGAGGUGGACGCCCUGCGCUUACGUCUGGAGGAGAAGGAGUCCUUCCUGAACAAGAAGACCAAGCAGCUUCAGGACCUGACAGAGGAGAAGGGCACGCUGGCCGGGGAGAUCCGGGACAUGAAGGACAUGCUGGAGGUCAAGGAGAGGAAGAUAAAUGUCCUGCAGAAAAAGAUUGAGAAUUUGCAGGAGCAGCUUCGUGAUAAGGACAAGCAGCUGGGGAACCUGAAGGACAGGGUGAAGUCCCUGCAAACAGACUCCAGUAACACGGACACUGCCCUGGCCACUCUGGAGGAGGCGCUCUCUGAGAAGGAGCGAAUCAUAGAGAGACUGAAAGAGCAGAGAGCCAGGGAAGACAAUGAAAGGAUGGAUGAGGUCGAGUCUUAUAAAAAGGAGAACAAGGACCUCAAGGAGAAGGUCAACACCCUCCAACUGGAAUUAACAGAAAAGGAGUCCAGUCUCAUCGAUCUGAAGGAGCACGCCUCGUCCCUGGCCUCCUCCAGCCUGAAGAAGGAGUCCAAGCUCAAGUCCCUGGAGAUUGCCAUCGAGCAGAAGAAAGAGGAGUGCAGUAAGUUGGAGACACAGUUACAGAAGAAAGCCCAUGAGGUCCAACAGCAGCAGGUGGGGCUUGGCUCCAGGACCAACUCGGACUACGUGGAGCGGGAGAGGGAGCAGCGAGUCAAGCUCCUGGAGAAGGAGGUCUCCUACUACAAGGAGGAGUCCGGGAAGGCCCAGGCCGAGGUGGAGCGCCUGCUCUCCAUCCUACGGGAGGUGGAGACUGAGAAGAACGACAAGGACAAGAAGAUUGCUGAGCUGGAAAGCCCCCCUCACCUCGCCCCUGUCCCUCGCCCUGGCCCCGGUCCCCGUCACGGUCCCGGUGGCAGAGCCCCCCCUGACCCGCUCCCUCCUGUAUCCGCCGCCCCCGCUGCCCCCCAACAGAUAGGGGGCAUGGUGUGGGAUUUCCUGGGAAAUUUCUGUGGUUUCUUUCACUCUUCUCCUCCUGCUCUCCUCCUUUUGGGUCUGUCCCUGCUUCCUCUUGUCCUGCGAUCCCUUCCCCUCCACUUCCACCUCCUCCUUCUCAUCUUUCUCCUUUCCUCCGCCUGCAGCCUAGCACCUAGGCAGACCAAGGAGCAGGGCGCCAAGAAGGGGGGUCCCAACCUCAAACUGGGCCCCCAGGGGGACAAGAAACCCGGCCAGAUGGACCCACGCAAGGACAACACCAUGGACCCUGGACAGCACAUAAAGUUGGAGGAGAUGAUGACCACCCUAGAGAGGACCAGACAGGAGCUGGAGGCCACCAAACAGCGUCUCUCGUCAACCCAGCAGUCCCUCCAGGAGAGGGACAGCCAUCUGAACAACAUGAGGCAGGAGCGCCGGAAACAACUGGAGGAGAUCCUGGAGAUGAAACAGCAGGCCCUGCUGGCAGCAAUCAGUGAGAAGGAUGCUAAUAUUGCCCUGCUAGAGCUCUCCGCCUCUGGGAAGAAGAAGACCCAGGAGGAGGUUCUGGCUCUGAAGAGGGAGAAGGACAGGCUGAUGCACCAGCUCAAACAGCAGACUCAGAGCCGGAUGAAGCUGAUUGCGGACAACUACGAAGACGACCACUACCACCACGCCCACCCCGCGCACCACCACCACCGUGGAGGACCAGGGCCUGCCAGGGGACCCCCCCACGCCGGCCAUCGACCCUCCCCCGACCAGGAUGACGAGGAGGGCAUUUGGGCAUAAUUGUGUCCAUGACAACCAAAGCUCAGAUGUUGUUCUGAGGAUGAUUCAGUCACUAUUGGAGGAGCACAGCCAUGCCAUGAUACUGAAACACAUUGACUACCUGACCAAACCUUUAUUACCACCACACAAUCCACUCUACGAAAUGGGGCCUUUAUUUUUACUGAGAAUGAUGAAGAGGAUGGAGGAGAGGAGGAAUGAAACAGGUGGAAGGCUCAGGCGAGAAUGCUGACAGCUGACAGGUUACCGAGGAACCGUUGAGUUGACAGGGGCAGAUGCAGCACUCACACAGAGAAACUGUUCAGCUCCUUGAGAUUGACUCUGGGGAAAGACGAGUGGCCUUACUGAGAGAGAGAAGAGGUGUCUAAAAUCACACUGCAUUGAAAAGACUGAGUCCCUCUCAGACACACAGAAAGACAAAGAGACGAGCGGUCUGGUCUCAGCUCCUUGGUCCAACUCACACAGCCGAACUCAUACAGCCACUUUGGCCCAGUUGUCAAGCUGCUCGGCUCACAUGCCUGCCACCUGCCGGCCCCACAGAGUCCUUCCCACUCUCGUAGAGUUGCUCCUCCCCUAGCCCCCCUCACUAAAAUGUAUCCCCUGGCUAUGCCCUGUUUGACUGAGUUGCGUUCAGUUCGUUGGAGCGUUUAAUUUACUGAAGGUUUCAUUAAACCCAUUGUUAGCCCAAGUCUUUGUUGUACAUUGUUGAAAAUACUUAUGUUUGCUCCCAUUUGGUUGGUGUGGUGAAGUGUGGCAUGAAGCAAUGAGUGACGUAUUCCACAACCCUGCUCAUUUUUCAAGUGGUCAUUCAGCACAGUUUCUGUUCAAUUGAAUGUCCCAGAACGUAACAACGAACUGAACGCAUCACUGGAUUUCCCCUUUCUACUCACCAAACGGCAUUUAAAUUGUUCACUCUUCUGGCUUUGAUUGCGGAGCUGGGCUUCCCCACCUUAUUGGUUGCUCUUUCUAAACCAAUCAUUGUAGCCUGUAUCUGUUUUGCAUUCCUGAACAACUCAACCCUGUUUACCUAAAUUGCCCUGUUCUGCUAACCACAGGCUUUGAUUGGCUUUUUCUUUGUUACUCAGAGAUAACUUGAUCUAUUGUUGCAUAUUUAAAGAAGUGCCAUGAAGUUAGAGCUUUAGUUUAAGUUUACAUAUCGGUUUACAGUUAAUCUCUUUCAGUGGAAGCUCCUUCACUCUGUAUGUUAAAGGGAAAUAGUUUAUUUUUUCUUUAUUUACAGUGUUUCAUCUGUAGUACUUGACUGUGGCUAUGAGUUAUUUGUGUUAAAUGUGUCAGAACAAGGAAGAGGAACUAGUAGGCAGCCGUUAGAGCUCUUAUCUGACCAAUAGGCAGCCACUGAAGCUCUUGUCUGUCCAAUGGCCUGGCCUUGAGUGCUGAUCAUUUCCUUGUGCUGCUACUGUGCAGUAGGCAUGGCCUUAUGGGUAGGGUCCUAUCCUGGAGGUUUCAAAGAUCCUUUGGGCUUAAAGCUGCCAUCUGUGUAUCUCUCCUGUUUUCUUAGUUGAUAACCAGAAGCAGUCAGAACCUCAAUCUAUGCAGACAUCAGUCUUACAAUGAAUCUUUUAUCCGGUCAUGAGUCACGGGCGCCAAUCAAAAAGCAUAUAGAUGCAUUGAAGUAGCACCAGUACCAAUCAGAAAGGUCUUUUCCGAAACAUCCACCAAUCAGAUGAUGUGAGGAUGUGUUUCUCAGUAUAACAUGCACCUAUGCACCUCCUCCAUCCCUGUUGCAGGGAUAAUACCUAUGGUGCUGCAGAACACUGGUGCUUGCACAACACGGUGCCAGGCCAGAGGACAAAAGCAGAGACAGCCAUUGGACAUUGUGCAACCGAAACCUGUUGUACUUCUGGGCUGUUGAAGACGGUAUUGUACAUAGAAUAUUUUAGGGAGACUGAGAUUAUUGUACAGGAAGAGUGACGGUUUUCUAUAGCUAAAACCUCCAUGGACUACUAGAUCUAUGAGAUUUCCUCCCAUGCCUUCAUUGACUCCCUCCUCUUCAUCCUCCUGUUCUCCCUUUUCUUUCCUCUUUUUGCAGUUGAGGUCUGUGCUAACCCAAACCAAUGCCUAGUGACUUGUUUUCUCCUUUUCAACAAGGUGGUCUGUGCCUCGUUAAUACCAUAUAAAUAUUAUAUAUAUAUAUAGAGAGAGAAAUCUAUAGUGUCUAUGUGGUCAGAAUAUUGUCAGAAAAAUGAUGUUGAGAAUAAAAAUACAUGUUUUAGUUUUUGGUUUUUACUGGCCUAAGGAUAGAGAAACCCCUUAUUCAGUUUUUAGAGUGAUGUAUGUGACUAAGCUGUUGUGUGCAGCAAGCAACAUUCCUUGUCUGAAAAAAGACAGGCUUUCACAAAAGAGAGUCCGGUCUAAGAAACAAAGAAAGAGAGCAAAGGAAAGGAUUGAAAAUGAUAUUUCCAUUGUCAUAUAGAAGAUAAUAUUACAUUCCGAUUGCCUAGAGAAUUUGUUUUUAAGCUCUCACGCAUACAUGCUCAAAUGUGUGCGACACACCGACCCCACUCACACACACAUGCACACACACACACUAACAGUGGUUAGAAAGAGGCCUGAGUCUCGGCAGAGAGGUAAAACCGUCCGUCUGUUUUUGCAGCUCACUAAAGUAGCAAAGAGAUUAUAACUGCCGCAAGCUUGGCCUUGAGAGGACUUUCACAAGCACUUGGCCUUCAGAGGACUUUCACAAGCACUCGGCCUUCAGAGGACUUUCACAAGCACUUGGCCUUCAGAGGACUUUCACAAGCAUCUUCGAAGGGGAGGUUGGAAGUGCCACCUGUGGUUGCAGUUGCAUCGUCUCUAUGUUGUGUUUGUUUGUAGGAUUUGUUGUUGUCGGUGUCGUUGUUCUGGUGUACCCAGGCGUGGUGACAUUCGUGGCCGUUACAGUUGAGUGUGUAGAAAACAACACAAACCCCUUUAGUGUAAAAACCAGACUGUUACUACCCCACCCCCACCUCCCCCACACACCUCCCCCGCCACGCCACAACUAUUACCACCACAUGCGCCCCUCCAUUCUCCAUGUCGCUUGUGUGUGUGUGUGUUUCUCGUUGUUGAUGUGGUGACUGUUGUAGAAAGGUUUCCAUCCUCAAACUGGAUCCAAACGCAAACUAAUCCCUAACCUUGUCAACUCUGUGUCCGUUUGUCGGUCAAUUGCAACGCAGAAUGAAGGCAGGACAGACGUCUUGCAACUCCUACUCCCAUUGGCCUAGAGUCACCCGUUCUGAUGACGUCACAAUGAGUACAAUAUUUGUUGAUGUUUACAAAUAACAUGGAUUGGUGUAAUAAGGAUUUGAAAUCAGAAAAGCAAUAUUGAAUUGCACAAGGAUGGAGGUACCAAAAACCUCUGACUUAUAGGGGGAAGAGAUCCAGAGUUCUCAAUUUUCAGGUUCUUUGCUACUGAAUACUUGAAGUAGGGGGUUUCCUACCAUGAUAAAUGACUACACAGACCUGGCGUAAAGAACAUGGUACAGAUAAAUGGAACACAAUUCUUACCCAUUCAUUCACUUUCUACAUAGUGUGCCAACUGAGAGUGAUUAUGUGUGGAGAAUCUCCUAUCUUCUAUGCAGAGUGAGAUCUCAAUGUGCAGUUAAAGAGAUUAAGAAUAAUCAGUGGCCUAUUAGUUGAUAUACACCGUGGUUGUGUUCAUUAAGGCAAUGUUUUAAAAAUCCUUUUGCAAAUGAAAAUGACAAUUAGCAUUUAUUUUAUGUCCAGGACAAUUCCCUGUUUCACACCAGUUUUCUUUCAUUGCGUGCCUAAUGAACAAAGCCCAGGAGGUAGAAGCCAACAUAGUUCACCAAUAGCACCAAAAGUGUAAAAGGUCUUAUGAUCCAUGUAGGUGUGUGAGAAGCCUAAUACAUGCAUAAGAGAUUCACUUUCUUUGUUGUGUACAAGUUGCUUUUGAUUUUAUUCAACAUGCAAACCUUUGAAUCAAACAAAACACUGUGACCAAUGCCAGAAUAGUUUUUCUUUUUCAUACCAAUUCCGUUUUUACUUUGUAUACAUUUUUUUGUAUUCAAGUUGUUUUUGAUUAAAUUUUUUUUUCAUCGGUUUGAAUUAUUGAAUCUGUCAGUUUGGGACUGUACUAUUUGUAUGAGUAAAUGUUUUCUGCUGUACAGUAAAGAUUAAGGAACACGUUAAAUGUGAGUGUCCAGCAUGCUGAAUGACUACCUGUGUGAACUUGGGCUUAUUUCCCAUGAUGCUUCAAUCCUCGCCCGUGAAAUGCAUCUGCAUCGUGACGGUGUGGUGUUGUGUUGGAGCCUGGUGUGUGUCCCCUACCUUCCCGGGCCCUAGUAGACGGCCUGUGCAGGUGUCAUGAGAGAGGCAGCAUGUUUUGGUGUGUUGCAGGUUGUGUGUGUAACAGAGAGUGAAGUGUGUGUGUGUGUGUCUCUGGCUGUGUGUGUGUGUGUGUGUGCGUGUGUGUGUGUAUGCAUGUGUGUGUGAUUGCAUGUAUUCUUGUGCGUGUGCAAAAAGAGACUUAGGGGUCAAUUCAGUCCAACCCACAUUGUAGUAUGUACACUGUGUUUUUCCUAUGGUCGACCUACUGCACAGACUGGUGUUGGGUACUGUAUAGAUAUUACCACCAGGGAGAACUCUCUCACAGCUCUGCUUUCACCAUUCAGAACUAAAAGUGUGUGCACGGGAUGAAUCCUGUAAAAUGAAGACACUGCUUAACCAUUGCUAUGGCAGGUUUGAGUGAAUCUCAGCCUUUGGACCCAAUAAAAUCAGAUUUAGCCGACAUGUGCAUACUGGUUGUUCUGGUGAUGACAAAGGUGGAAUGAUAUUAGAGCUGUGUAAUAAACAAGAAGUCCCUGUGAUAAAACUGGGUAGACUGUGGCAGACACUGCCAUUACAGGCACCGAGUCGCACAAGUGACAAUCUUGUUGUGUCAGACAUUCAAUAUGUGGGGACAUUCAAUGUGUCAGUAAUUCUAUGGACUGCAAUUUUGCGUUCUGAACUUCAAACACAUGUUCAACCGGUAUGUUCUCGUGACAACCACACACAAGUAGCUACACAUCACCAUUUCAACCGCCAAAACGCCAGCUAUGCCGGGUCGAACGUUUAACGCUUGAUCUGAUUUCAUCGAAGACAGAGGGAGAGACGCAAAACCAUCCAUUGCAGGUCGCCCCCCUGAGAGAAAAAGAGAGUGUGUUGUGUUCAGCAUGGAUACUGUGUUGUGUUUGGUGUUUUUUAAAACCUACUGUAGGAGGCUGUCUCCGGUGCCCCUGUUGAUUGCUAUUGUAUGUGAUGUAUCAGAUAUUACUAUUGAGUGUUGGCCAGCUUGUUUCUAUCCAUUCAAUAAAGGGGACUUUCUUUCUGA